UGAACGGCGAGAGCGGCGCGAGACUCGGCGGCGGCCGCCGGCGCGACUCCCGCCCGUCCCCUCGCGUCCCCUCCGCCGCCACCACCACCACCAUGUUGGCGGAGCAGGAGAACCAGGAGAACGUUCCCCCGGGCGGCAAAGCAGCAGCGCCGCCCGCCGCCGUCACCCGCGUGGCGCUGGGGCUGCUGCGGGGCGGCCAGCAGCGGGCCGGGCUCCCGCCGCAGGCGGCUGCGCGGGGCGGUGGUGAGGGCCAUGGCGCGGCGGAGGCGCGGCGGCCGGUCGGCGGGCAGCAGGCCUUCACCAUCCAUGUGGACGAGCCGGACGGGGAGCAGCGGCGGCGGCGAGGCGGCCCGGCCACCCAGAAGGAGGAGGAGGAGGAGGCGGCGGCGCUGGGGCUGCGGACGGCCGUCUGUGCCCUGGGGGAGCGGCGGCCCCUCGCCCCCCUGGGCAACGCCAUGGAGCUGAGCUUCGAUUCUCCAAGUAUUAUGGAUAUUUCAAUAACCUCAGAAGCAGAAGAGAAAAAAACAAAUGUUAAUAACGUGCCAGACUAUAUCGGCGAUAUCCAUACAUACCUUAGGGAAAUGGAGGUGAAAUGUAAGCCUAAAAUGGGUUACAUGAAGAAGCAACCUGAUAUCACAAACAACAUGCGGGCUAUUCUUGUGGACUGGCUGGUGGAAGUUGGAGAAGAAUACAAAUUACAGAAUGAAACUCUGCACUUAGCUGUGAAUUACAUUGAUAGGUUUCUUUCUUCAAUGUCUGUUUUGAGAGGAAAACUGCAGCUUGUGGGUACUGCAGCUAUGCUGCUCGCAUCAAAGUUUGAAGAAAUCUACCCUCCUGAAGUAGCAGAGUUUGUCUACAUCACAGAUGACACCUAUACCAAGAAGCAGGUUCUGAGGAUGGAGCACUUAAUUUUGAAGGUUUUGUCAUUUGACUUGGCAGCUCCAACAAUCAACCAGUUCCUCACUCAGUAUUUCCUACAUCAGCAGACAAGUGCUAAAGUGGAGAGCCUGUCAAUGUACCUCGGGGAGCUGAGUCUAAUUGAUGCUGAUCCUUACCUGAAAUACUUGCCAUCAGUUAUUGCUGCUGCAGCAUUUCAUCUAGCAGACUAUACGAUCACUGGACAAACUUGGCCUGAAUCCCUGUGCAAAGUAACAGGCUACACCCUUGAAGACAUCAAGCCCUGCCUCAUGGACCUACACAAGACCUACCUCAAAGCAGCCCAGCACAUGCAACAGUCCAUAAGGGAAAAGUACAAGAGUACAAAGUACCAUGGAGUAUCGCUUAUUGACCCACCAGAGACACUAAACUUAUUGUAAUAAUCAAGAGACUGAUCCUUUUAAAAGAUGUAUAUUACAGGAAAAUGAUGUACAGUUUUAAACAUGGUUCAAAAUUCUAGAUGUGAUCACUCAGAAUAUUAGUACAGGUUUUGAUGAGCUUAAUUAUGAAGUUAGUUUUAUGUGGUUUUACUGUAAAUCUUUUGUACAUGCGAUCUUGUUCAGAUAUUUAGCUGGGGUUUUAUAAAAAUUUUCUUUUCAAGCACGGAAUUAACCAUGCAGACCAAGUGAAGUCUGAGACUGCUUAUCUAAUUAUAGACUAAACAUUAAUAUUAGCAGUGCAUUAUUACAGUAGGGCUCUUUCUCCUUCCAAGUAAGAAUGACUUGGACUCCACAGCAGUAUUUGUAGCAUUUUUAUGCUGUCUAGUUUAAACUGAGAGUUAGUAUAGAUCCAAAAUGUGGCUUAAGGGCUAGAGUACUGGAAGAAACUAUGUAACAAUGAGAAUGCCUUGCUGGAAUUGUCCCGUUAAGAUGUGCCAGUUACUGGAAGCCUUGAUUGCUAUCUAACGUACUGCCAGAUCUCCAUCAAGGUAAAGGUUGGACUGCACGGCAAAAACCAGUAUACCAGUUCAUACUUCUCUCUUCCAGUACAUAGAAAGCGGUCUUGCUAUAGGUAUUUUCUAGUCAACGUGUGAAACUGACGCUAAUUUAAACCCGUGGAGUUCCCACUGAUGUGUUAGCUGUCCCGAGAGCCCAUCAAUACCGACUAAAAAAAUUAUAGUCAUCAGUCUGCUCACCUCAUACCUCUCCAGGGGUGGUGGAGGGAUUAAAACUGCAGGAGGGUGAACUCUGUACCCUCAAGAGAAGGGAAUGCCUUCUGGCAUGGAUGGGCUACGUGCAGAGUUCUGUACGUCCCUCUUGCUUGGAAAGGGUUCCUCUCCAGCAAAAAUGUAGACCAAGUGGUUUUAUUUUUCCGUAGUUCUGGAACCGUUACAUGAGCAAACUAGCACAUAAACAUCCACUUGAUCUAAUGGCGAUGACCUUCAACCUGUGUAAAUGGAGUGGUGCUGCCCUGUACUUGCGGUUCUUUGCAUGUAAAGCAGUGAGCGCACGGAAGCUGGUCUAAUUAAGCCAUUUCCAGGUUGGCUAAUAAACAGUUUUUUACAUCUGAUGGUGGUGGUCUUGCCAAUACCUGAGGGGUACCCACUGAGGGGUAGUACUGCCCUCUUCAGCUGGCACUCAUUUCUAAAGCUUUUUGGCAAGGGUGAACCUUGCGCCAACUCAACUUGAAGCCGAUUCAGCGCUGUCCAUCUGGUUAUCUGGACAGCCAGCAGAUACCAGUAUCAUUUCUUCACAGAUGCCAAACAGCUGUUAUGGUGUGGGUUAUUUAAAAUAAAUUAAAAAAAAAAAUCAUCAGCCCUUUGUCGAGCUGACAAACAUGCAUUAUAGUGAGACAACUCGCCUGUCUCGACUCAGUAAUUAAAAACUUGCUGUUCUACCCCCACCCCUCUCUCCAGUCUGAGCCCUCCAUGAACCAACUUAGUUACAAAACCCCUCAAGACUAAAGAAUGCAGCAGGGGCUGCCUUUUUUGGCCAAUCUGAGCUUUUUAGGAUGCACUUUGACUCUUACACAUGUUCUAAUGUUUAAUGAAGAACGUAUGUCACUGGUCGACCAUGUUCUCCACUAGCCUUUAGCUUAAUUUCAGUAGGUUGCCACUGAAAAGCUACUGAACCCGCGCAGCGUAUCAUGUUCGGUGUGUAGCAUUGGGAAUGCUCCAACCUCGCAGGAGAGGGAGUUUGUUUAUAAUACAGGAACACCAUUGCCACAGCUGCGACAUCGGGUUGUGACCUUGGAAGGGCAACUCGAAACACUGGCUGGCAACUAUUCUUUGAAGAGAACAGAGCACAGCGCUCUUCCCGAGAACCUGGGUUCUGCCUGCCCCUUCAGUUUUGUGGUGCAAGCUGGAAACUUUCCAAGACCACUGAGAAAUACGAACUUUGGAAGAGGAGUAACUUAAAGGAGGCUCAUUAAUUAUUUUCCCCAGAGAAGAGCAAGAAGUAGUAUUUAAGUGAAAGGACUACAGUGAUUUAUAGUAUUAAUUUACUGCUUAAUGAAAUGCCCCUUUGCUCUGUUUUCAAUGGCAGUUGUUCUGUUACUUGUUCCCAUAGCACAGAGAAAUAUUCUCCCUUGCUCCUCGAGAUUUGCUUUCAACAUACCAAUAUGGCUUCCUCUGCAGCCUAAAAAAUACCUCUGUCAUGGGCUGGCAUCUCUGCUCAGUAUGAUUAUGUUCCACUUCCCUCAGCAACAGCUCUUGCUGCUGUGAGAAAUACCAUCUUUUUCCAUCUUCUCAUUUUCCAAAGUUAAUAUGGGACAACUCCAGCUCUUGCUACUAAGCUUUGAACAAAAUAUCCCAGGUUGUACUGUACUACUGUUUUGCCUAUGCAGUUUAACUUCUAGUCCUUUCAAAAUAAAGCCUCUAAGGAACAUAGGGUGUGAAAUAUGUGUGAAGAGAGAAACAGCAGUGCAAAGAAUACCAUUCUUUUUCCUGAAGACGUUUAAUGUCUUGUGAUACUGCAGAAAUAAGAAGAAACUGAAUCUUCACCCAUUCUUGUACUCCCGACAGUGACUUUGGGCUGCAAGAACCAGCACUAAGAAAACCCACUGAUUUAGCUCCUGGGGGAAUGGGGCUUUGUGUUCGUCCCUCUCUGAAAGAGCACCACUUGAUAAAAGCUUUGCUUGGCCGGGAGCAGUUUACUAGUGUUUUUUAUGUUAAAUUCUAAAUCUGAUUUGGGGAAUGUAAAACCUGUAACAGUAACUUCUCUCCUGUCACUAUCUCAUGAAAUACUAAGGUCACAUGUAAAAUACUCCUACUUUGCUCUUGUAAAUAUGUGCAUGUUUCCAGUUUGACUCGGUUUUCAAACAAAGCAGCUAGGGCAGCUAUUUUGGAAACUUCCUCGUCACUUCACUUUGCCCCAUUCGAAAUCCAGAGCAUCAUUCUUUGAAUAUACUUCAAGAAGCAUUCCUGUCUGUUGCAUGUAAUAUUUAAUUAAACUUUUUAAGAAACUCCAUUGCUGAAGUAUGAGUUGCUUCUCUAUGACAGUUUUGCAGAAGUUCUAUGCUAUUUUUUUAAGUACAUGUAUUUCUGUUGAUUUUUAUACAAAGAGAUUCAAUGAAAGGUAAGAUGCGGAGUGAGGCGGGCAAGGUUUCAAGUCACAGCACACCGUUUCCCCCUGUGAAGAGCAUUCCAAGGCAUGGCAAUAGCUACCUUCCUUGAGAGAAGCUUUUCCUGGCAUUAAACUUCAGCCGUAAUUCCUGUUACCACCUGAACGCUUAACUGUCUGCAGUUCAGUUCAGUAACGGCAGAGGCAGUUUCAUUAAGAAAACUGCAUCUUGCCUCUGCAAUUCAAGUUGUAGAACUUGAGUCAGUUCAAGUUGAACU